AUGGUUUUCAGUGGGACAACCGACAAAUGCAAGGCCUGCAACAAGACCGUUCAUUUCAUCGACAUGAUCACUGCCGAUGGGAUCUCUUAUCACAAGACUUGCUUCAAAUGCAGUCAUUGCAAUGGGAAACUUGUGAUGGGAAACUACUCAUCUAUGGAUGGAGUUCUGUACUGCAAGCCUCAUUUUGAGCAAUUGUUCAAGGAAACAGGAAGUUUCAGUAAAAAUUUCCAAACAGCUGGUGAAAAGAAAACCGGUCAGGGUGCAACUCCAAACAAGGUUGCUUCCAUGUUCUCCGGCACCCAGGACAAAUGUGCCACCUGCCACAAAACUGUCUACCCCUUGGAGAAGAUUUCGAUGGAAGGAGAUUUCUAUCACAAGACAUGCUUCCGAUGCGCCCACGGCGGCUGCGUGCUGACCCAUUCUUCCUACGCCGCCCUCAACGGCGUGCUCUACUGCAAGCACCACUUCGCGCAGCUCUUCAGGGAGAAGGGCUCUUACAGCUACAUCAACAAGAAGAGCGCCGCCCACGCGGUCGAAGAAUUCAAAUCCGAAGGCGAAGAAGAAGAUAUUCACAACCAAGAGGAAGACGACGACGAGAAGUCCGCCACACCAAGGGCGCCGCCGGCGGAAGAGGAAGAAGUCAAAGAGGAGCCCAUUGCUCAGGAGCAGUAG